AUGCAUCCUGGCUUACUUCACCACAGCACCACCAAAGCUCCAGACUCUGGGCUCAAGCUUGGGUUUGUCGACAUCCCUGCAAACCCGCCUCGCUCCAUUGCAAGUGCACAGAACACUCCGUCGAAACCGCGUUUGAAUACUCCUGCCAACCUGUCGUCCACCUCAUUUGAUUUUAAAUUUGGCUCAGAGUACAAAUUGAGUAAUGAGGCACAAAAACUGAUGGACAAUGUCCGAGAGGAGGCCGCGAGGAUAAAGGCCCAGAUGCAAGCAGAAAAAGAAGCUCAAGAGCAGAAAGACGCCGAAGCCGAGGCCUCUUUCAAUGGUAUCAACGCGUCUGGAAGAAAGAUUGCGAAACCUAGAGGCAAGGCAGGACGAUUCAGCGACAUCCACAUGGCGGAGUUCAAGAAGAUGGACUCUAUUGCCAACCACGCAUCCGCAUACCGCGCAAGACCUGGGUUCGCCCAGCCCACAGCCCAAUCACUGAAGAGAAGCGGCUCAAAGGCCGGUCUUGAUGAGCUUGACCGACCACGGACCUCUGGAAGGGGAACACCAGGUCAAGCCCCCCCACCUUUCCUCGGUCGUCCAACAUCCGUCAGUCCAUUCAAAUCCAUUCCUGCUCAGCCGGAACGGCUUGAGAACACAGCUCCUGCUAAACGCGCUCGUCGCUCGGAACUGCAGGAUGUCUCCGCUAGUCGACCAUCGGAAGCGUCGCAGUCUGCUCGGCCAGCCACGCUGCCGAGACCAGUACCGAGCAGUUUGUUGUCGCCUACAAAGGCGUCUAUGGCGAGAACUGCAACAAGUCAGAUUCCGGUUGCCUCACCCACCAAAGCUCCCGGGCUCACACGCACCACCUCCGUCAAAUCAUUGAGAACAGCUUCGACAGUACCGAAGGCUAGACCAGCCACUGCCCAUGCAGGAAUGACUAGCCAGCCUUUGUCAAAGUUGCCACAUGUGGAAAGCUUCGGUCUGGAUAGGCCUCUUCCAGCCUUGCCGAGGGAAGAUUCAACUGUACCUUCCAUCGAGCAAGGUUCACCCCAGCGGUCUAGGUCUACCGCCAUGCUAUCUUCACUAUCCAGUCACCAAAGCUUUUCGUCGAGACUCCCCAAGUUCGCUGGUCUGAAAUCGAUUUUGCGCUCUGGGCGAAAGACAGACGUUGAGACGCCAGUUGAAGAAAAGCAGCGCACUCCCAAGCGGUCCAACACUGACAGCGUCACUUCUGGUAACGGAUCUUUGAAAAAAGUUGAUUUCACUCCCAGUGUCAAGUCCAGAUACGCCGUCAAGCUGGCGGCUGGAAGCCCUAGCCCUGCUAAAUUGCCACAUCUCACCCCUGGAAAGGCUCUUGGGCCAGCUGUGCCCUACGACUCGGCUGCAUAUACACUCGAAGACGACAAUGAUGACGAAGACUGGGAAGACGCCGGAAGUGAAAUUGAUUACCCGACGUUGCCAGCCGCUUCGUCGAGUCCUGUUCAGUCCAGGGAUGAAGCUACGUUUUCGAAGAAGGCCAAAGAUCACAACCGCCGCGAAUCUAGCGAGUUCAGGUCAAUCUUCACCACGUUGCAUCAUCCCUCUCGGCCGGCUCCACCAUCGACACUAACAUCAGUCAACACCAUGAUGAACAAGACCGAUCCCACAUUUAACGCCAACAAGGUCAUGCAAUCUCCCAGCAACGUCAACUCCUCUAGGCCUUCGCCUUCCACCAUUCGUCGUGUCCGGACCUCGGGCGUGACCGACACUGUGCAGCCGUUUGAGGAUACCGACGUCCAGACAGUUCCUCAUGGAUUGCCUGGCAAGAAACGCCGGCGCGAGUCUACAGUUUCGGCUGAUACAGAUAGCAGUGAAGAGGAUGGUAAGGAGAACCGCCGUAUCUCAGUCAUGCCGUCCGUGCCAGGGGGCUGGCAGGACAGUUCGUCUCUUGAAAGUCAAGACGAAGGUGCAAAGCGCGGUGGCAAGCGUGUCCGUGUCGACACGGCGGAGGAGCCGACGAAAGCCGGCAUGAAGAAACCCAGACCAAGCUCGGCACGAGAAAUGGCAAAGAACAACGCCAGGGAUCGUAAGGGCAAGGGAAUCUUGAGCCUCAGCCGCUUAAACAUGCUGAGUCGCCCGAAACAGAGAGGUUGA